AAUUAAUUAAAUGGCAAGUGUCAAUUUUUUUCACGGCUCAUUUAUGCGUUUCCUACUCGUCAGAUGAUUUACACAACGAAUGGAUAUUUCUUACAAGGAGCAAGGUUAAAGUGUUUCAGUGUUUGGUGAUCAGAAGGCGCAGAUAGUCUCUGUGACAGUGCAAUUGGUUUCCAAUAAUGUCCAUCAAUGUCAACUUUUUUGUUUUGGUCAUGCUGAACUGUGUAUUUAUAUGUACUCUGGGAAGUAGUAUCUGUGUAGACGAGGUGUUUAACCUUGUAUUCAGUGGCAAAACCGCCACAGAUUACGUUGUAAGGAACACGACGGUUCCCAGUCGGGCAGAAUGUUCUGUUCUGUGUCAUCAAGAGGAAGGGUGUGUGUUUGUGGCGUAUUCCGCCUCAGGAGAGUGUGUCCUCUACAGUGAGUUACCACAGACACUGACAGUGGUCAGUACACUGGACACUGACAUCUACUACCGCCAAGGUGCAGUACCCCAGAUGACAACAACAACAACGGCGUACACAACAACAACAACAACACUCACUCCGACUGUCCUUACGACAACGCAUGAAGGUGUUUCGUCCACAUCAACCAUCAAUGCUGCAACUCCAAUGACUACAACUACAGACUCCACAACGUCUCCCGCUGUAGCGGCUAUGACAACAAUGACAUCUGCAUCAACUGCAUUGGCGACAACUACCUCGUCAAAAUUCUCAACCUCUGCCACAACUACCGAUACCAUGACGACUGCCUUCCUCACCAACAUUGCUCCUACGAGUACUUCUGUUUCUUCCACUACUGCUUCUGCUACUCCGCAUACGACUCCACCUACUACUACCACCCCAUCUACUACUAUACCACCUACGACUUUUUCUACUAUUACUACUGCUGCUACUGCUACUGCUGCUGCUACUAUUACUACUACUACUACUACCACUCCAUCUCCUCCUACUACUAGUACUUCAUCAACAACUGCAACUACAUCCACUACCACGACUACACCAACGACAACUACGCCGGCUACAUCACAAGAGGUGGGACUGUGGGCGAUGGCUGUGUUGGGCUUCUCGUCACAGGGGGACUCUGGAGUCAACGCCGCAACCGAAGCGCUUGGAGAGCCGGAUGUGUACCCUACCUACGGCCACAACGUUAAAGCGUGGGGGCAGUCUAAUCUACACAGCCUGAAAUACAACCAAUAUAUAAAGUUGAAGUUCGCCAUGAAACUCUACAUCACGGAAGUGCACGUGUAUGAGACGUACCGCGCAGGCCCAACGUGGAAGGUGGAGAUUAUGAAACCUGAUGGGCAAUAUGUGUCUGCGUAUUAUUCCAUCCAUGUUCCUUUCCUUUCUGACGCCCGAAUCUUUAAAGUCACUCUGAACAGUGUGCCGAGCUUCACGUCUGACGUCAUCCGGCUGUGGGUGGAUCCUUUUUUCUCGGGAGGAGCUGUAGAGAUAGACGAUAUACGACAAGCAUGGGUUGGUGAAGAAUGAAACUCUUCAAGCCGUCGACACCGAUGGUGCAGCAAUGAUUCUGUUCGAUACCGUUGACCACAGGACUCGUCUUACUAACUUGGGGAUGGUGGUGUAGCCUAGUGGUGAACGCGUUCGCCCGGGUUCGAUUCCCCAUUUAUGUACAAUGUGUGAAGCCCAUUUUGGUGUUCCCCACAUUGACAUUGCUAAGAAAGAGGCGUAAAAUUAAACUCACUCACCCUUACGUGGGACCCGUGAAGAUCCGGGUUAGAAUUGGUCUUCAGCAAUCCAUGCUUGUCGUAAGAGGCGGCUAACAGGCACGCUGACCUGCUUGGCAGAUAUCAUUGGAUCCUAAUUGCGUAGAUUGAUGUAAUGAUACUUUCAUGAUAGAAGAUUUUUUUACAUGAAUUUAAUUGAGCUUUGUAUAUACUUUAACCAUGAUAGUUUGAUAAUUUGAAAUGAUUUUGGUAAAUGGUGUAAAUGCAGAAAAUGUUAACUGAACGUAAACGACCAGCGUGCUACUAAUCCUCUAAAUAAACCAUUAAUAUAGUUGUAUAAACUGUAUCCAACGAGGAUUGGAACUUCACAAGACAAUAUCACAGUCUGAGUAACGAUUGUAUAUCAUAUAUGGAGGUAUAAGUAACAUCUGUGUAAAUAAAAUCUAUUUUAAUUAGAUUGUGGCAUGCUAAUACCCUUCAAUAGAUUGCUAACAUAUGAAGUUGUAUUCAAUUAAUACAAAUUUGUCAGUA